AUGCCUGCCCGUCAGCGGCGCCGCAUUACCCGUGGCUUCCGCAGAAAUCAUAACACUCUCCUUAAGAAGCUCCGAAAGAGCAAGAAGGAUUGCCCCAUUGGCGAGAAGCCGGAGGUUGUCAAGACACAUCUGCGGAAUAUGAUCGUUCUACCCGAGAUGGUCGGCUCCAUUGUUGGCGUCUACAACGGGAAGACCUUCAACUCUGUCGAAAUUCGCCCGGAAAUGAUUGGACAUUAUCUUGGGGAGUUUUCCAUCACCUAUAAGCCUGUGAAGCACGGUCGCCCUGGUAUUGGUGCUACCCACAGCUCUCGGUUUAUUCCUCUUAAAUAA